UUUUCUUCACAUAACAGUCCUUUUCCAUUGCUUUAGAUGCGCCUCCCAUCAAAGCCUUAUGCCAGUCUCCCCAUUUACUCUCUGGGUCCAUCCACAUCGACCCUGAAACGGGACACAGCCGGCCACAAGCCAGAGAAGCGCAGCAUGAGCCACCAUCGACCCAGCCUACAGCGCACAAUGUCCAGAUUAUCUAAGCACACGCGUCAGUCGUCCUCGUCUCAGGAGGAAACGGAGCUCCCGAAAGAGCUGAUGGAAGACUGGAACACCAUGGAGGUUUGCGUCGACUGCAAGAAGUUCAUCUCCGACAUCAUUGCCUCCAGCAAGCACAGCCUGUCUCUGGCCAACAAGCGAGCGCGCUUGAAACGCAAGACUCAGUCCUUCAGCAUGGCGUCAGAGAAGGGCGCAGAAUACCGGCCUUCGGAGAGAACUAUCAAUGAGGUGUAGACGCCGAUGGAUCUGGAUCCGGAGCAGAUGCUGUUGUAGUUGUAUAGAUUAGGACUGGUCUGUCAAACGUGAUACACAGGGCCAAUAAACUCUUAUGGAUGUGUGGCAGUUCUUCCACACACAAAAAACACACAAGUUGUUUUUGAUUCUGUCCUGUAAAGAUGUGGU